CGCGGCCGUGCAGAAAAAGAUUGUCACCGGAUCGACGACGAAAUUGCGACCGAUCAUGAAGGGACAAGGUCCAUCAUAAUCAUCGUGGUCCGUGGUACGUAAAGUUUGUGUAAAAUAUCCUCAUCGGCUCGGUUCCUCUCUUGGAUGUAAAGCAGCAGCGAAGAAGCAAGCACAAAAGGAUUCCAAAACACAAGGACAGCGAGAAAGUUUUUGAAGCAGAAAGACACCAGCUCGUUUUCAUCCCAGUGACAAAUCAUCCAAGCUGGCUGCCAGCAGUGGCAAGAAGGAAGAAAAAAAAGUGAAUGAGUGACGCACCGAAAAACCAAUCGAAUUUGUGAAAUUGGAAAAUUGCUAUUUUUACCGGAGGGAAGAACACUUAACUCUGGACUACAAGGACCAGGCAAUUGAUUGGCUUUGUUGGAACAGCUAACAGGAUCAGGACCGAAUCGAUUUGUGCGUUUGUGUUCCGAGUUAAUUUUUCAUCGCCUUGUUCCGUUUGAGCGGAAACAAGUUGGCUGGCUUGUCAUGGACAUUGCAUAAUAAGUUGUGCUGCAAAAUUUUGGAACCUUUAUAGGAUUUAUUUUCUGGAAAAAAGCGCGGAGGAAAUCGAGCGAAAGUGCUGCAUUCCGGAGGAUUUCGGAAUUUUCAUCUCGUGUUAGCUGAAUGCAUUUGGAUAAGGCGCGGAAGAAGUAGCGCUCGCGGAAGGGUGCAGGACCCGAUUGCUGGUGUCCGCUGAAAGGAAGCGGUAACUGGUGGCGCUUCGAUUGGGAACCGGAAGUUGGGGAAAUUUCCGGUCCAGGAUUCAAUCGGAUUUCGGUCGUCUCUGUUUUCUGGAGGGACAAAAGGAACGUCACACACUGUUAUAGCUAAAGUGAAGUGAAGCGAGGAGCAGGAGAAGAGCAGGCUUCCAUUUUGCUCGUCGAGGCAUUUUGACAGCUCUCUUUCUCGAUAUUCCGUGUGUGUGGUUUUUCGGGCGAAGAACGUCAAAAGAUUUGUGCAAACUAUCGUGAGAGGCCUUGAAGAAAAGAAGCUGCCAAACGGACCUGUGUGACCCGUCGGAAAAGUGUCCAUUUUCCUUGGCGAAGCGGAUUAAAAUCGCCGACGAGCUGGGAUUUCUUCCGUCACCGGACCCGGGCUUAAACCCCGCUAUGGAUUUCGACAAGAACGUAGAGGCCAUGGAUACGCAAGACGAUAACGAGAUGGAUCCCCCAAACGUUCAAAAUUUGGCCCCAGCCCGGGUCAACAAUCCUACAAACGGCGGAGGAGGAGCUGGCGCUGGUUCGGAACAGAUGAGCAUGGACGAUCAAGACAAUCUGGAUGACGAAGUUCGAUCGGAAGCAACGUUUAGCUUCAAGGUGGAAAAUCUUAGCAAAUUGACCGAUUCGGUCCUAUCACCGGCAUACUAUGUACGCAAUCUGCCCUGGAAGAUCAUGGCAAUGAAACGUUCCAACGAGUCCAAUUCGCCUCCCAGCAAAGGGUUGGGCUUUUUCCUGCAAUGCAACGGGGAAAGUGACAGUACCAAUUGGAGCUGUGCGGCCUCGGCCGAUCUCAGACUGCUCUCGGUAAUCCCGAGCCGUGAGCCAUUUGUACGCAAAAUUCGUCACACUUUCUGCCGAGCAGAGAACGAUUGGGGAUUUUCGUUCUUCAUGAACUGGCAAGAUAUCCUGAAUGCAGACAACGGAUACAUCCAGAACGACACCAUCACUUUGGAAGUGCAUGUCAUUGCGGAACCACCGCGUGGUAUAUUCUGGGACUCGAAAAAACACACCGGCUACGUGGGUCUCAAAAACCAGGGAGCAACCUGUUACAUGAACUCGUUGCUCCAGACACUUUAUUUCACCAAUCAGCUGCGUAAAGCCGUCUACAAAAUGCCAACCGAAGCUGAUGACGAUUGCAAAUCGGUAGCCUUAGCCCUCCAGCGAGUCUUUCACGACCUGCAAACCCAGAGCAAACCCGUUGGAACCAAGAAGCUCACCAAGAGCUUCGGCUGGGAUGCUCUCGAUUCGUUCAUGCAGCACGACGUUCAGGAAUUCCUCCGGGUCCUGCUCGACAAGUUAGAAAACAAAAUGAAGGGAACAUCCCUGGAAGGAACCAUCCCGAAGCUGUUCGAAGGCAAAAUGAUCUCCUACAUCAAAUGCCAAAACGUGGACUACACCAGUCGCCGAACCGAAACCUUCUACGAUAUUCAGCUCAAUAUCAAAGGCAAAAAGAACAUCAAUGAAUCGUUUAAAGACUACAUAGCGACCGAAAUUCUCGAUGACGACAACAAAUACGACGCGGGCGAGCACGGCCUCCAGAAAGCAGAAAAAGGCAUCGUUUUCAGCAAAUUUCCUCCGGUGCUGCAUCUGCACCUGAUGCGGUUCCAGUACGACCCGAUCACCGACAGUUCGGUAAAAUUCAACGAUAGGUUCGAGUUCGACGAAAAGAUUCACCUGGACCAGUUCCUGGAGAAGCCCGAGGACACCCCGGCCACCUACAUCCUGCACGCCGUUCUGGUCCACUCCGGGGACAACCACGGGGGCCACUAUGUGGUGUACAUCAAUCCGAAGAACGACGGCAAGUGGUGCAAGUUCGACGACGACGUCGUUUCCCGCUGCAACCGCACCGAAGCCAUCGAGCAGAACUACGGCGGCCAGGAUAACGACCUGAGCAUCCGGCACAGCAGCAACGCGUACAUGUUGGUGUACGUGCGGGAAUCCGUCAUCCACGAGGUGCUGGAAGAGGUAAAGAGCACCGAUAUCUCCGAGGAGCUGCAGGAGCGUCUGGAUGAGCAGCGGCGCAUCCAGCAGUGCCGCCGAACGGAACGAACCGACGCCAACAACUACAUGAACAUCAACGUGCUGCUGGAGGACUAUCUGGAGAUCUACCAGAAGUCGGACCUGUUCGAUCCGGCCACUGCCACCUACCGGAGCUUCAAGGUGCGCAAAAGCAUUACGAUCGCCGAGCUGGCCACCCUGUUCUCGAAGACGUUCAACGUGGAACCGGAUAAGAUGCGGAUGUGGACGGUGCUGAAGGAUGGCAUGAGGAUACACAAGUUUCAGCUCAUCGAUCAGACCUCGAACGAAAGCUGCAGCAAGCACGGCUAUCCGGACCCGAAGAAUCCGUGGAUCAUCUUUCUAGAGCUGGCCUCCCCAGAAACCGGACAGCUGCAGCCGAUGGAGCAGAACGAUUUGCUGAUAUUCUUCAAAUCGUACGAUCCCGUUGAGAAGCGGUUGAAUUACUGUGGCCACGGGUUUUUCAAAUCGUACAAAUAUCUGUCCAACGAAGCAUUUCACAAGGAGUGCAUCAGAAGGGCGCACUUUGAACCGGAUACGGAAAUUCAGUUGAACGAGGUCACAGAUAUUAAUAAGGCGGUUAAGAUGCCUGAAUAUUUUGUGAUCGAUUCGGGUCUGACUAUGCCGUACAAUGGGUCCAUUAUUAUCAUUGAAAAGGUAAACCCGGGAGUGGAAAACUUGGAGUUCCCGAAACUGGACGACUACCUGAAAGAUUUGUACUGCCGGAUCGAGGUGGUAUUUGUAGAUACGCUGAAUCCAAAUGAUACCGGGUUCAUACUGGAUCUUUCGUCGGAGUCCAACUACGACCAGAUCGCAAAGGCUUGUGGUAGGAGGAUCAAUUGUAAUCCCUACGAGAUACAGUUUUUCAAAUGCAAGAACCACACCGAUAUUCCCGGACCACCGCUGCCCUAUACCUUCAACGGUUCCCUGAAAGAUAUUUUGUGUUACUCAAAGGCUAAACCGGUCCGAAAGUUGUUCUACCAAAAGUUGUCCAUCAGUAUAAAUGAGCUGGAGAAUAAGAAACAGUUCCGCUGUUUGUAUCUGAUGCCGAACCUGAAGGAGGAAAAGGAGCUCAUACUUUACCCAAGUAAGAACGGGACUGUGAUGAAUCUGUUGGCGGAGGCGGCCAAGGUGAUCGAAUUCAGCGAAAAUAGUACCAAGAUGCUGAGAAUAUCGGAGCUGUCGAAGAAUAGGCUAGCCCCUGGACCUUCGGAGGACACUCCUCUAGACCAGUUGCACGACUAUACGGAGAACACCUUCGUGCAACGAACGGCCAUCAGUAAUCAGAAAAUGUACCGCAUCGAGGAAAUAGCCGAAGACGAAGCAAAUUUAUCAGAAAACGAAAUGCUCGUGCCAGUGCUGCAUUUCACUAAGGACAUUGGUAGCAUUUUCGGUAUUCCCUUCUUCAUCCGGACGGUGCAUCACGAAACCUUCGGCACCCUGAAGGAACGCAUCAAGAAGAAGUUGAACGUCUCAGACAAGGAAUGGGAGAAGUACAAGCUAGCCAUUAUCACCGAGCAUAUUGACUAUAUCGACGACGAGAUGAUCAAAAUUAACCUGGACAUGUUCCGAGCGGAUCCAACUGACCCGAGCUCCCGAACCUAUCUCGGAUUGGAGCACAUAAACAAGAACACCAAGCGAAGCAGGUUCAACUAUAUGGAAAAGGCGAUCAAAAUCUACAAUUAAGAGUUUACUCUCAUACCCUUGUUUAUGUUUCCUUCAAAAACCCCAGGCAUCGUCCCUCUUCCCGGCAAUAAAAGAAACAAAAUAUUUGCUUGAGUGUAGCGUUGAGCUCUUGCUUGCCCACCAACAACAACAGCACCGUCAUAUUGCUUCCCCAAGAUAAAACAAACGCUUAACCGAAAUAAAAGAUAUACACACACUCACAUAGAAGAAAUCACAACAGCAUAUUCGCCACAGCCACACGUGCUAAGUAAAAAAAAAAAGAAAAGGCAAACAAUUUACUAUUAAUUUUAUUCAACUAUUUAAUUUGACUCCAAAACUUCAGGUAAAAAGUUUUGAGGUUGGUUCACCCCUCAGAUUUCUCAUUGUGUGGUGUUGUAGGAACGUUCCAAAACAGACAAAAAAACGCAAAAACUGAGAAGGAAACAUGUUCUAUGAUGGUCUAAAGUCUAAAGUCACACGCAGAUUGAAAGCUGUUAUUAUUUUUUUAUUAACAUGUUUUUAUAUCAACCAAGUUUAAGAUGAAAUAGGCUUAAAAAAUAAUUGAGGAAUUUAAACAAAACAAAAAAACUAGAAUGUACUAAUUAUUAUUAGCUAUCGACAAAGACGUCUAAUGUACGUACACCUCCCGAAUCCGGUUACAUUGGUUGUUCAUCAUCAUUCUUCACUUCAAAAUUAGUGUCCACCACAAAGAUAGAUUAUUCUAGGUAGGGUAGUGCUCCCCCCGCGGCUGCUCACUCACUCACUGACGACCAACCCUCAUGAUGACGCUUGUUUUCAGUUGGUAAUUUAUUUACGUUUGUUUUUGAGUCCUUAUUUUUCGAGGUACCCUGUCUACGACCUCUUGAGAAUGCAUUCUUUUUAAGUUUGUGGGUCCCAUGACGCCUUCAGUUUAUCUCUCCGUGAUCCAGUUUUUGUCCAAUUUAAAUCAGUUUAUCAUGUGAUACACAGAAAAAAGUUUUGUCCUUUAUUCAACCGAACGCCUACACAGCUCACUCGAUGUGAAGUCAAAAUUAAUAAAAAAAAAACGAGAACUGAUGAAACAGUGACAGUAUAUCGUUUAUUUGUAUUUAAAAUGAUUAUAAAAAAUACAUCAAUUAAAAUAACAGAUUGAAAACAGAGCAAAAAAGGACGGGAGAGAAAGUAAAUACAGUUAAAAAUAUAAGACUAUUAAGAACUCUAAAUCUACGCUGCAACAGCCGAAAACGAAAAUCUAACAAAAUGAAGUUAUCUAGAGACAAAACGCCGCCGCAACUCAUUGAAGAUCGCGACCGAGACCGACUGUAAAAAGAAGAAAAGAAUGCCUGCAAGUCAGCGAAUAAACUAUAAAAUAGAUGAGGAUAAAAAAAGAGAGAGGACAAAGGAAAAAAACACUAGUUUGAAGGAUAAUGGAAUAGGUUCUAUCUAAUCUGUCUGGGGCAUCGUUUCUCUGUUCCUCGCGUCCGUCCACCCACCACCCACACAUGAUGGGGUGACUUACCUGGCUGAAAAAUUGAUAUGGGGACCCCAAAAUGAGAGGGGUAGUCAAACUACCUCGAGGUGGAAAAGCUGGAAAAGCCGAACGGGGCGGCGCUCCUAGGAAAAUGUGAAAAAAGUACACGGAAGCAGGAAACGAGAGCGAUCAAAAUAAGCAAAAAAAAAAACUAAAAUGGAAAAACACAUGGAUGGAGCUGAUUAUUGUAAUAAAACAGUAAAAUUAUAAAGUCCUAAAAAAACAAUAAAACAAAUUGUUGAAAAAAUAAGA